UUUCAAGAAAGAUGCUUGCCUUGUUGCAAUGGGAAACCAAAGAGGUUGGGGUCAACAAUAAGUUAAGUCUAUAAACAACGCACCGUGACCGAUGCUAAACUUGGCACUCUAAAAUCCCAUUUCUUUCCCAGCUAAAUUUAAAUUAAGUUAACGGAAAAGAUGGCACUUAAGAUCCACGGCAGUUUAGCCACACCGGCUACGUUGAGAGUUAUAGUCUGCCUCGAAGAGAAGGGGCUCAAAUACGAACUUGUCCCGGUUAAUUUGCAGGCUGGAGAGCACAAAAAAGAACCUUUCCUCCGACUGAAUCCAUUUGGUCAAGUUCCCGCCUUCGAGGAUGGAGAUUUGAAGCUCUUUGAGUCAAGAGCAAUCACCCAAUACAUUGCACACAUGUAUGCCAAUUGUGGGAGCAAGCUUAUCCCCUUAGACAAUAAAACAAUGGACACAAUGUCAUUGUGGAUGGAGGUUGAGGCUAACCAUUUUAAUGAAGCCGGGUCUAAGCUGAACCAUGAACUUGCCAUAAAGCCCAUGCGCGGCAUGGUGACGGACAAAGCAGCGGUGACAGAACACGAGGAAGCACUCGCCAAGGUUCUUGACGUGUACGAGGAACGACUUAAGGUGUCAAAAUUCUUAGCUGGGAAUUCUUUCACAUUGGUUGAUCUUCACCACACACCUCUCAUAUAUCACCUCAUGCGUACUAAAGUCAAAGUUCUUUUUGAAGCACGUUCAAAUGUUGCUGCUUGGGUUAUUAAUCUCUUGACUAGGCCUGCUUGGAGAAAGGUUCGGUACUUGAUCAUCAAGCAGAACAACGUUUCCGCUUCUUAAUAAUUGAUAUAAUAGCUCCACUUAUAAUUAUUAUAUUUCGAGUUUGAUAUCUUCACCGUUUGUCUUGUGCUUUGAUUGUUCCAUCUUUAUCAUAAUUAUAUGUAGGUGUGCUAUGUUGUACUCUUGAGGGCGUGUAACUCUCUUAUGUGGGUGCUUGUACCGUGGCAUUUUACUAUAUGCAAUAAUGUUGGGGAUCCUUUCAUGAAAUUAUACAAUAUGAUGUCCUUUGAUCUCUGAA